CAGUCGCAAUUCAGCGUUAGUUAAUUUUGUUGAAAGUUAAAGUGAAGAAUCCCAUCAUCAAAGUGAAGAUGUCUUUCCUGAUCCAUAUUCUUCUGGCUUCGUCCGUUCUUUGCACCGCUUUCGGAAGGAUUCUGUCACCGGAUCAGUUCGCUAAGGAGCUCAGACAGAACAACGUCCCGGAAUGGAUGAUACCCACGUGGCAGUGCAUAGCUCAGCACGAAUCCAACUACAAUACGGCGGCAAGGAACACCGAGAGCGGAGAUCACGGCAUCUUCCAGAUCAGCCAGAUCUACUGGUGCUCACCUCCAGGAACCGGCUGCGGCGUGACCUGCGCCGCAAUGGAAAACGACGAUAUACGAGACGACAUCAGGUGCGCAAUGCACGUCUACCAGGAAACAACGCGUCUAAGCGGAAACGGCUUCACAGCGUGGACAACCUACAAAUACUGUCAUUGAGACAACCUAGAAACUGCUAGCUAAAAUACGGAAUUGUAUAAGCACAUUGUUACAUAACUAAAUCAAAGUUCGCACAUUGCAAAAUAAAAGUAUUUACCAAA